GCUGCUGGCUUAGCGGUAAUGAUAUCUUGCAUUUGAUUCGAUAGACUUGACUAGUCAUUCUAUUCCAUAUUUGGAUAAUGGUACAGUCUACAGUACUUCUGCAAUACCCAUGCGGCGACGAUUCAUUCCCGGCGAGGCCGUGCUAUGGACAAGCGAACUCCUUGCGUCGAAAACACCCUCACUUCGGUCGCGCUCACCACUUGAGGCAACGGUGCCGGUUUGCGCGCUGCCAUGCCUUACCUACUAUCUGCAAAACGAUUUCCCGAAUUGUGCUCGGGAUGAUCUUGCUUGCCUCUGCUCACGGUACAGCACAGCGGGCAACACUCUCGGCGAACAAGCUCUCAUCUGCGUGGACAAAGAAUGCCCGCCGACGCCCAACGCUGUGCAGCAAGACGUCUAUUAUCUUUGUACGGCUGUAUCCACCGCGGUGCCGGUGACGCAUACCUUACUUACUAUACCGGCAACGGUCUCAACUGCACAAUGGACAAGCUCCGCAGCUACACCUUCCGCCACAGCUCUUGCGCAGCAGAUAAGCUCCACUUCUCAAGGCAGUUCCCAAACCACGGGAAGCGGGUCAUCCAGUCAUCUACUGGCUAGUACGCCAACAUCUACUGCGGUCUCCACUGUGUCAUCUACCCCGGCAGGUAUAGCUUCGCCAACGACUGGAUCGUCCCCAAACGCUACGAACCUUACCAGCGCACAAGCUGUCGGUGUGAGCGUAGCUUGCUUCGGUGCAUUGGCGAUUAUUGUUGCAAUGAUCUGGCUCUGUGCCUGUCUGCGUCGACGCAAAGCCAUUGCCAAGUCUCCACGAUCCAGGCACAGCUCCUACGACUUCAUCGACGAAGCGCCUUCACGCUUGGAGCCUUUUUACUUGGGCACUACUGGUUCGAGAGGUCCUUACCCUAACAUCACGGACAGGCACAUCAGAGUUCCGGAAACGAUUCACACGGAUACGCAGCAGUACCAGAACCAGAUGGGGAAGCAACACUCCAAGCUACGGCUCGAUGCACUCGGGCUCAAUGCCGUUGGUGGGGCUUCGCCUGACAGUCUUCGCAGCAGCAGCACACGGAGGACUGUGUCUCAAUUGCUGCCGGAGAAGCCUGGCUCUACACCACCUCGACCGCCAAGGUCCGCAUUUCGACCUCCACCUCAGAUGGGUAUGUCACCUCAGACAGUGUUCGAGGAGCAUAUGACUCCCAGAGCGAAAGGCGUACGGCCGACUCUCCAGCCCACUCCGCCUGUGCCGACAUACUCCAAGCUGCGAGAGGCACGCCGUAGCCAAGGUCCGGAGUUCGCGGCUCAGUACACUGGUUCUCCAGAGCAGAUACCCCAGCCGACACUAUCCCUCCAGCCGCCAAAAAGAGCUUCAAGGGCAGCUAUUAAGAUACCCUCGCCAAUCAUCAUUGCUCCACCGCCGCCGGUGAAGUCAAUACGAAUGUCCGGCGAUCGAACAAGCAGAGGUUCACAGGCCAGGUCAGAUGUGUCAAGUGCAGGUGGAGCCAGUCUGCUUGACUACUACUCCAACCUGCCAGCUCUCGAAGUCUCAAGCGAUCCACCCGGCACACCAUUUACGCCUAUAUCGCUCGAGCCUCAGCGCCGUAUGAAGCCACUGCCUGGGGCGAUCGUAGUGACCAGGCCUACCUAUCCUCCCAGAGCUGUGAGAAGGCCGUCGUCAGAUACGUGUCGGAGCGAGACCAGCUUCGAGAGUACCGAUCCAGACGAGCCUACACCGCCCGAAGAGGACAAACAACUCAGCCCAGUGGCAGAAAGUCCGAUUGCGACCAUCAAAUACCCCAAGAUUCCUCGGAGCUCUAAUCAAAGCGUGCCUCGCAGUCCACCAAUGCAUCUGCCUAGCCCCAAGUCACCGAGACAGCAGCAGCUGCAAACCGACGAUCGAGCCACGUUACCCAGUCACGCUUACCAGACACAGCGCAAGCGAAGGUCACCCAGGACGCCGAAGACGCCAGAGGAGCAAGACACAGGUUCUUUGACACUCUCCGGCUGGACUGCCGUGGAAAGGCAGGGUGGUGAUAGCGCCAUCAGCGGACUGCAGAAGCGGCUUGUCAUUGACACCUCACAUUCACGCGCUGGGAGCCGGCCACUGCCACAGGGGCCGAGGAAGAGCCCUGCCAGCGGCUCUGGCAGACAGGAGUCGCCACUGAAAGGGUACGGGCGUGUGGCUACCGCGGCAUUGGGCCGCCCAAGCCGUACGACCACUGACAGCGAUUUGGCGGAAGAGAAGGCCGGGUUGGGCACUACCCCAGGUCCGCAGAUCGCGCGCUAUGUUAGAGGAGACGCUGCGUCGGAGCAGGUCAUGGUAAGAAGUCCACUCUGGGAGCCGAAGCUGACGCCGACUCGGCGGGGAGAGGACUUAAUGCUUGAGGUUGGGGUAGCGAGUCCGGGCAUUGUCAGUCCAGGCUUUUAUGGUCACCAGACAUUGGGGAGACGGUGAGCAGAGAUGUGUUACAUACUCUACAUUACCUUUGUUUCAUUCGCUACGUUUCAGCGGGAGUUUCGGGUUAGCGUGGAGUAAGGGAAGUGGGUGCAGUUUGUGCUACAUAUAUGUCAGAUUGCAAACGGUGAAGCAGGCUGAAUGCGACAAACUUCGCUUACAAACGCUUGCCGGUUUGCCGGAGGGCUUGCAUUGGAGUCGGCGACUUGGCUCUUCAAAGUUUGAGCAGACUUCAGUACCAUGCACCCCUCCACAAGCACAUCUCAAUCUCGGCAAAUGCAAAUGCUGCAGUGACACUGACAAUAAGAAGUAAGGGCUGCCACGACAAUGAGCUUCGGCACGGCCCCAACCUUCUCUGCUUGCCUUUUACGCCAGGACCAAAGGAAGUAUCGCACGUCAAUAAUGAAGACGUAAGAUCGCCUCGAAAGGCGAGAGUAGCCAAUCUUUG